GAAAGGGGAAUUAGAGAGAGAGAGAGAGAGAAGGGAAGCGAGGACUGGUGCAGCAGCGUGAAGUGCCGUGAAGAGAAGAAAGAAGAUAAGGGAAGCAGCCCCUAAGAUCUCUGAUAGUUCUAAUUAUUGUAAAAAGGAUCUUUCGAGAACAGAAUCAAUUUUGGGAUAGAAAUAUCUCUCUGCGAAAUUUGGGGUGUUGUGUUAAUCUGUGGCUGGUGAUUAUGGUUCUUGUAACUCAUUAAAGAUUGAGAUAAAUCUUGUGAGCAUCUUGGUGUGGAAUGGAUAGGAUAAGGGAAGCUAGGAGAACCACUAUGGCAACAAAUGGUUUGACGAGAAGAAGACACAGGACUAACAGUCUCAGAGACUCACCAGAGGACGACGGAGCCAUGGAGUUGCAAGAGCCAACGAGGCUAAGAGAUCGAGGGAGUGGAAAAAAGGAUCGAGAUCGCGAGAGGGAGAGAGAUCGAUUGGGUCGAAGCAAGAGGAGAAGGGGCGAUAGGUUGAUGCACAGCAGCAGAGAAGACGGUGGAGAAGACACUUCAGAGGAGAGUGUCAACGAUGAAGACGACGACGAUGACGACGUAGGCGGUUCAGUUAGAAUGCUUCCGCUGAACCCGUCGCUGUCUUCGUCUUCGUCGCUCUCGAACCAUCGGAAGAGCUUCCCUCCGGCGAAAGUUUUUAAACCAACGCCGCCGAAGACGUGGAAGGCCGCCGAUGAGAUGAUCGGGGUGUCCGUACCGAGGAAAGCACGGUCAGCGUCGACGAAGAGGUCUCCCGAAUGCUGGACUUCGAGCGGUGGUGGAAUAGUCCCGGAGAAAAAUCACCGGCAGCCUUCGAAUUCGCCGGUGAGUGCGGCGGCGGCUGCUGCUUCUCCGGCUCCAGCCUCGCCUUCAUCAUCGAACGCUUCGGUUAGGAAAAAGAUAAAGCAGAAUGGAGGACCCAAGUUUCGACCACCGAAAUCGUCGUCAAAGUCGUCUUCUUCAGCACAGGAUGAGAUCGAGAUAGAGAUCGCGGAAGUGUUGUACGGCAUGAUGAGACAGCCUCAGGGACCUUCCAAGCAAGAAAUCAUCGUCAACGAUUCAAUUAAGUUCGAAGCCAAUAAAUCCUCCACUGAUGGGAAAUCACCGAUCUCUAACUCACAAUCCGCGCCUCCUCAAAAUUCAAUCUCUCCCAUGUCUGCUGUUGCUCCCAAGAGGAAAAGACCGCGUCCUUUGAAGCACGAGGACGAGAAUCCGUCCAUUUUCAGUGUUCGUAGCAGCCCCAUUUCGACAACCACGAAAGCUGAGAGCGAUCAGCCUUCAAAGAUGGAAACUUGUUUGCCCAAAUUGGAUAAGAACAGCCCGCCGGAAAAUUUGACCAAUUCACAACCUGUUCAGUCUUCGUCGGAGCCGAUUAGGCCUGACAGCAACACUUCAUCAGAUUCUAAGUCGUUGAAAGAGGAAUCAGAGAAGCAAAAAGAAGUGGUGCCUCCUCAAUCACCCAAAAAGGAAUCUCCUGUGCUCCAAGUAGUAGAUGAUGACCGUGAAGACGUGAAAGUGACUAAAGCGAAUCCAACAAUGCCUGAGAGUGAAACUCAACGAGAAGAGAAGUUCCAGAUAGAUCUGAUGGCGCCACCUCCUCCUUUGAGGUCUUCUCCGGAAAGGGAUGCGGAGAUCAAUUUGGUAGUUGACGCUCAAAAGGAAGUCAAACCUGUGGUGAAAGAGGGUGAGAAAUCACUGAGAAUGAACAAGGAAGAGGUAGUGAUUGUGGAAAUGGAGAAAGUGAGAGCAAAGGCCGAAGAAGCUGAAUCCCAGAAACUGGCUGUUGUGCAGAAAGAAAGAGGUAUUGACUUGCAGCUUGAUUUGGAGAAAGCUGACAAGGUGGAUACUAAUGGCAAUGUCAAUAUGAUUAACAAGAAGCAACAUCAAAAUGUUCAGAGGCAGCAGCAAACAAACUCAGAGAAAAAUGUUCAAUCCAAUUCUUUACCUCUUCCAAUGUCUGUUCCCAGCUGGCCUGGCGGGCUUCCUCCCAUGGGAUAUAUGACACCUCUACAAGGAGUUGUAUCCAUGGAUGGAACCACUGUGACUUCUGCACCUAUACCGCCGCCUCAUCUUCUUUUUAAUCAGCCUAGGCCUAAAAGGUGUGCAACCCAUUUCUACAUUGCUCGUAAUAUAUCAUAUCACCAGCAAAUUGCGAGGAUGAAUCCAUUCUGGCCAGCAGCAGCUGGUUCUGCAUCAUUAUAUGGGCCUAAGCCAGGCAAUCUUAAUGUUGUGCCCACCACAGAAUUUCAUGGUAAUAUUCCCGGCAAGGCUGCAAACUCUACUCAAGACAAAGGGCACGGUCUUGCCAUGUUUCCAGGUCAUAUUGGGAGGGACAAAGCCUCUCAGCCUGCAAAUGUUGAUAAUUCAUCCAGGAAGCAAAUUUUGCUUCCGCAAGGUUUACCCCCAGGAGCUGCACCACCACCUAGUAAUUUAUUGCAUGCCCCUGCUUUCAUCUUCCCAUUAAAUCAGCAGCAAGCAGCUGCUGCGGCAUCCGUUCGGCCUGGGUCUGUGAAGUCUUUACCCGUUACAAGUAACGGAGCACCAUCUUGUACAUCUAAUUCGGCCCCGCCUAAUGCUUCCUGUACAGGGGCUUCCCCCACAAUGAGCUUCAGCUAUCCAAAUAUUCCUGCCAAUGAAGCCCAGUACUUAGCUAUCUUGCAGAAUAAUGCUUACCCAUUUCCAAUACCAGCACAUGUUGGUGGUCCACCUGCAGCAUAUCGUGGAACCCCACAUGCCCAGGCUUUUCCAUUCUUCAGUGGGUCUUUCUAUUCUUCUCAAAUGCUACACCCUUCACAGAUUCAGCAGCAGCAGCUUCCUGCUGCUCAAUCACAGCAGAGCCAACAGGGCCAUCACAAUACCAGUAUUUCUAGUGGAUCCUCUUCUUCCCAAAAGCAUGCACAGAAUCUGCAACAAAAGCCUAAUAAUGCUAGUGCCUCCAAUGGUGGUGGUGGUGGAAGUUUACAAGGUUUUCCUAUAACCAAAAACCCGUCAUUACAGCAACUACAGUUGCAACAACAGCAGCAGCAGCAGAGGCAGCAGUUACAGAAUCAUCACACUACUCAUCCGGCUCGCCAAUUUGAGUCUGAGAUGGGCAGUGAAGACAGUCCGUCUACUGCUGACAGUCGUCUCAAUCGUGCUGCCAUGAAUAUUUAUGGCCAAAAUUUUGCAAUGCCAAUGCAGACACCCAACUUUGCUUUGAUGACUCCUGCAUCAAUUAGUGGUGCUGGUUCUAAUGGCGGUCACAAUGAAAAGAAGCAACCGCAGCAGCAGCAGCACCCUAGUCCAAAGGCUGGAGGUGAAACAUCUCCUGCAUUUGCCAUAUCAUUUGCAUCCAUCAACGGAGCCACAGCUGCCUCUGGCCUUGACCUCUCUUCUAUUGCACAGAAUCAUUCAAUUAUGCAGAGUACUCAUAACUAUCAGAUGAUGGCAGCAGCACAAGCUGCCAGUGCUCAGCUUAAGAAGAAUUAUCACACACCUGAAGAAGGGAAAAAUGUAGUUAAUUCUUCUAAUCUAGAUGAAGAUAGAAAAGUGGUAUCAGGAAAAAUUCCAGCGACAGUGGGGCAAUCCAUUGCUUUUGCAAGGCCAGAUGUGUCUGAUCCCUCAAUAACGUCAUUAGCUGGUAACAAUGUCAUUGAUAGCUCAGGUCGAAAUCUCAACAUUGGUUCUGCUUCUUCCCGGGGUGCUGUUUCUGUAAUGCCUGCUGCCAUCAACACCAAUGCUGUCACUUCUCAGCAACAAAUGCAGCGAAAUCAUCAGCAAUUUCUUCAGCUUCAUAAGCAGAAUCAAUUUGCAGCUGCAGCUGCAGCAGCUGCUGCUUCUCGUAAUAAGACACCAUCAACAAGUAAUGGCAGUGUCUACUCUGAAAAUCUUCCUUCUACAUCUUCAAUGGCCACCAAGUUUCCCAGUGCCGUAUCUGCGUUUCCUCAAAGCCUUGUACAGAGCAGCAGCAGCACUGUUUCUCAGUCACCUCAGUGGAAGAACUCUGCAAGGGUAACAACCACUUCUCAGUCACCUCCAUCUAUGGCAUCAUCACAACCAUCAUCAGUCAAAACUCUUCCACAGCAGCAGCAGCAGGGUCGUUCCCAGCAAGCUCACACACAAAUAUCUUUUGCAGCAAAUCCAAAAUCAUCCACAGCACAAGUGCAACCUGCAAGUUCCAACCAGUCCCCAUCUCCUCCAGUUAUGGUUGGCUCACCAACAACUUCCUCAAUGUCCAAAAAUACUAGUAGCCCAAGAACAACUUCAACAUCAACCAACAAUAAGAUUACCCAAACUUCUUCAUUAUCCUCUCAGCAAGCCAAGAACUCUCCUUCUGGGCCAACUCGUAAAUCCUCACCAGUUGGUGGCAGGAAUGUGCCACCAAUCCUCAGUGGCCCUCAGCUAACUCCCUCAUCCAGCACUGGAACUAAACCUCAAUUGCCACAGCAGUCACAGAAGCAGCAGCAGAUAUCAAAGCAAACGUUACCGCAGGCCCAGCUGUUCUUCUCAAAUUCUUAUAUGCAUUCCCAAGUUUCACAAUCCAACAGUUCCGCCUCUAAUGCUUCAGCUGCAAGUGGGUUUUAUUUCCAACGGCGUGGCCAUGAGCAAAUGCAACGACAGGGCUCUUCUGGCACUUCUUCAAAUGGUGCAGCUGUGAAUAAUACGAAAGGCAGUGCCUUGCCCUCUCAGGGUCUUGUGCAUCCUGCCCAGUUUGCUGCAAUGCCGCCUUCUGGGAACCACCAUCAGUUUGUUCCUUCUGGCUUCACUUAUGUUCAUCCGGUACCCACUGCUGUUCAGAUGAAGCCAGAGCAGAAACAACCCGCGGGUGAGUAGAAUGGUAUCCCUUGGUUGGUUGCAUGGGAGUGAAGUAUGAACUGGCAUUGGAUUUUGAAGUGAAUGAUGGUGUCAUCCCAAUGUGGGGGAAAUGUUGAUGCUGUUUUUAUGCUACGCGCCUUGAGAAGACAUGGGAACAAUCAAAGCUCGAGUAGACCACGGCCAACAAUGAUUUGGAUUCCACAAUUUUGGAUGGGAAAUCGACCAGACCUUUGAUGUGCCUGAAGUGUGUGUAGUAAUUCAUUUGUACACUUAGUGUUUAUAAUCUGACAAGGUGGAUCAUGAAGUCUAAUCAAAUUCGAUUGGUUUUUUUGAAGGAUGUGUGGUUGAUAUGGUGGGAAAAAAGGAUAAAGAUCGAGGAAAGGAAGGGAAAGAAUCAACUUUUCUUCUUUUUAGGAUGUUCACCUACAUGUUCUUUCUCCUCUUUCUCUUUUUUAUUUGUCUUCUAGGCCCCAUGAGCGCUAAACAUCUUUUUGACCUGUCUAUGUGGAAGAAGGAUGAAUAUGUAACGUGUCUGGCUGAUAUUAUAGUAACCCUAGAAAAAAAUUUAAUUUAAAGAUCAAAGAUGAUUUCCCUCAUCCGUUGUUGGUGUGACUACAAUGCCAUUGCUUUUCUUUUUUUCAAAGUUACAGUGAAUUUUGGAUGGGCAAUGACAUGACUCAAAUUGCAAUACGAGAGAAGAAAGUAAUAGCAAUUUCAAAGAAUAUGUCGCUUUUUUAAGAGGUGGGAACUUCCAAGUUUGUUUAUCUGUCGAUGCGAGUGAAAAAUCAAUCUGUAGAAAUAGGAGAGGCAGAUAAAUCGUUGGCAGCUCAAGGAGAUUCAAAAUUUUCAAGGGCUUGGAUUUCACAAUUAUUUCUUUUGCUGUCAGCAUCUCACACGUGGCUUAUGUAUAUGCAGUAGAUAUCAUAACUGUGUUUGAAUGAUCAUAUUCAUUAUUAUCCA